GAAAUCGGCACACUUUGACCAGUUUUCUUGGGGGUGGUUGCGUUUUAAAGGUGUCUCCAAAAUGCAGCGCACUUUGGUUUUUAUUUUUCUGUUUUGUGUUUUUGGGAAAUGCCUUUGCGAGGAACGAGCAAAUUUUAAAGGGUGAGUGGCAAAGAAAUUUAAGAUAGAUAUCCAUGAUGCAGUAUGUGUCUUUAAGUAGUGGCUUAAAAAAUUGAAAACGGGAAGUGCUUCUGUUAUCUGGUAAAAAUCUGAUUACUGUAGGUAUGAUACAGUUUUGUUACUUUAUCUAAAGUUCUAUUGUGUUACAUUUUGUAUGUCGAUACGUUGCUCAAAUUAAGAGCUGUGAAAUCACACGAUUUUUCGAAAGCCAAAAUUUUAACCCCUUCCUCUGCUCCCCCAGUCGGCUUUUCGGAGAAAUGGUGAAUUAAAUUUGAAUUAUUUGCUGAAAGAUUAGCUAAUUUUUCCUUGAGACUAAACUUACGCGAACACACACUAAUUUUGAAUAUGUAAAGGUACUUUAAAUCACUCAAGUUUUCUACCGACAAGAUUUUCAGAAAUUGCUUUAAGUAUGCGAUUGAAUAAGAAAAAUGAAUUCACAAACUUAACGAUGGCGAAUUGUAUGUGCAGUCAGACCGCUGUGUCAAGUGUUUACACAGAGUGAGCUGGUCCCAGUUUCCAUGGAGCGUCGAGUGAUUUCCAGGCCCUCCCUCCCUGGGACGAGAAUAACAUACGCUUGCAAUCAACACCCGUUCCGGAAAAUGUGCCACUGGAUCAGCAUAACAAAUCUUAGCUACAGCUUUUAAAUUAUUAUUCGCAUCAGCGAUCGUGUUUAUAAUGCUGCAAAACCGUGGGAUAAAUUUCUGUGCUAAUCAUUACGUAAGCAACAGAGAGCAAUUACGGUCUUCAUAUAACUUCAUCUAAACGCAAGGUGGAUUUAGAGAAUCCAUGAAAGUUAUUCUACUUUCUCGAGUUCUCCUGAGUAUCAGAGUAUUCAGAUGACGUUAUGUAAACACGGAAUACUCCCCAAUUCCCUUGGUGAACUAUUUCUCAAAAUAAGAGGCGAUACAAAUUUUGACUGUUGCUUUAACAAUAUUUCUUCUUAUUUCAACACGCCCAUGGACCAUAGAGGGUGUGCGUACUUAAAUUCUUAUGUUCGAUUUUCUUUGAAACACUUUGUGUGCUUUAGAUAUUUUGCCCAAGGCAUUGUGAUUAAUUUCUCUCGGAAAAAUUAAUGAGUACUAUGAGGAGAACAGAUUAAAUUCCAAACAACAUUUCUUUAACUAUAGUCUCCUUUGAUGAUUUGUCGUAAAAUGAUCUUUCGUGUUCAUUUUCAUUCUAGGUAUCGUGUUAUUCGAGCUACUCCCGCAAAUGAAGCCCAGCUAAAGCUUCUUGCGAAUCUUGAGGAGUCCGGCAAUGUAAGUAAAAAGUCAAUUAGAGGACAUCUAAUCACUGUGUGAGAAGAAUGUUUACAUUGAUUUCACCGGUUUAUCGCACAAAUGUUUUCUUUUCGUGAAAAAAAAGGGCAGUGAUUUAAUCAAGGACGAAAGCAGUGCAAUAAGAAUAGCCGAAUGAGAAUGACAGAUUGACAGAAUGACAGAAUGAUAGAUUGACAGAAUGACAGAGUGGGAGAAUGACAGAAUGGGAGUAUGACAGAUUGACAGAAUGACAAAACGACAGAAUGAUAGAAUAAUAGACUGACAGAAUGACAGAAUGACAGAAUGAUAGAAUGAUAGACUGACAGAAUGACAGAAUGACAGAAUGACAGAAUGAUAGAAUGAUAGACUGACCGAAUGACAGAAUGACAGAAUGAUAGACUGACAGAAUGACAGAAUGGGAGAAUGACAGAAUGGGAGAAUGACAGAAUGGGAGAAUGACAGAUUGACAGAAUGACAGAACGACAGAAUGAUAGAAUGAUAGACUGACAGAAUGACAGAAUGAUAGAAUGAUAGACUGACAGAAUGAUAAUGAUAGACUGACAGAAUGACAGAAUGAUAGAAUGACAGAAUGACAGAAUGACAGAAUGACAGAAUGACAGAAUGAUAGAAUGACAGAAUGACAGAAUGACAGAAUGAUAGAAUGACAGAAUGACAGAAUGACAGAAUGACAGAUUGACAGAAUGACAGAAUGAUAGAAUGACAGAAUGAUAGAUUGACAGAAUGACAGAACGAUAGACUGACAGAAUGACAGAAUGAUAGAAUGACAGAAUGAUAGAAUGACAGAAUGAUAGAAUGAUAGAAUGAUAGAAUGAUAGAAUGAUAGAAUGACAGAAUGACAGAAUGACAGAAUGACAGAAUGAUAGAAUGACAGAAUGAUAGAAUGAUAGAAUGACAGAAUGACAGAAUGAUAGAAUGACAGAAUGACAGAAUGAUAGAGUGACAGAAUGACAGAAUGAUAGAAUGACAGAAUGAUAGAGUGACAGAAUGACAGAAUGACAGACUGACAGAGUGACAGAGUGAUCGAGUGACAGCGUGACAGAAUGACAGAAUGACAGAACGAGAAUAAGGCUAAGAAAAGUGACAACAGUGUGGAAAAUAAGUAGCAGUCUCUUAUUUCUCUCUCUCUCUUUCUUUCCUUUUUUUUUAAGGCUAAUGAAGUGGGUGUGAGAGAGAGAGACGAUUAGCUGUGAGAGCGAAAAAAUUAGCGCCUCUAAAAAUUAGAAGAGUAUAACCGUUUAUUUACAAUCUCACUAAGUGUAACUUACGUUUUUAUUUUGUGCCUAUUUAGUUCGAAGUAGAUUUUUGGACUCACCCCUCCCAUGUAGGUGCAGCUGUUGAUAUUCGUGUGAGUGCUUUGCAGUACCCUCGUCUCGCUAAGCUACUGGAGUCUAAUGGGAUCAUAUUUACCAUUCUUAUCCCGGAUGUGCAAGACUUGAUGGAAAGUGAGAACCCGCCUCCAGCCCGAUCAGCAAGAGCAUACGACUAUGGUCGUUACAAUAGGCUAACUCCGGUGAGGUCAGAUCAGUUACAUUUGCAAAACAUGCCUAAUCUUAGUGGUAUGCAGGCCAAUUGUCACCUUUUGAUAUAAUUUUGGGAAAAGCUUAUCAAAAAGGUUCACUAGGAAAAAUAAAAUGAAGCAUGAAAUCUUGCAACCGUCUGCGGGUUCUUGAUAUUUAUGGUCAGUAGCUCUCAAAAUCUUCACUAUUGGAUAACCAAGCUCAAAAUGUAUCAUACCACUCACUCUGUCUUCAGGACAGGACAGCAGUGGAAGUAUGCACGACGAUCGGAACAUUUCAAGUGAAUAAAAAAAUGGAUGAAGGGGCAUUCAGCGGUGAUAUUUCCGCAGGAUACCUCUUCGUUCGCUUAUUUCCGAGGAGGACUUGGGCUAGAAAAAAAUAUUUACCUAUGUCCUAACUCGCAAAUUCUCUGUGAUUCAGUUAGGAGUGCAUUUCACCUCAAAUAGGAGUUUAAAUCUGCAUGGGGGACUUUGAUAUUAUUUUUCAAACUUUUCUCUUCUAUGACAACUAAGCCGGUUGUUUAACUCCAAAUUAGUUUUCGUCACGAUGAAUACAUUUUUAAUAGUUAUGUUUAAAUUUUGUAGAUGGUAGAUGAACUCAGGAGCCUUGUUUCUUCUCAUCCAAAUUUGGCAAGUUUAGUGGAAGAGUUCGGCACAUCAUACGAGAAAAGGACGAUUUAUGCUGUAAAGGUGAGUUUUUCAAAAGUAAUUUGCAGGAUGGGAUAAUUUCAUUUUAUUUCAAUUACCAGUGUCCUUCAAUUGUGUCUUUUUGUGUAUGUGUAAAUUGACGCUCUUGACAUACAAAUUCCACUAAGAUUACAGGACCUAAAUCUUCGAAGAAAAAACUCGGAAAAAUGUCCAAGAAUAUUUUGUUUUUUCUAUGUACGUAUUAUCUUUACUUUGUUUUUAUGUCCUAUAUUUUAUUAAGCCUCACCAUAGGCUAUUAAAGAGUCAUUAAUUACCUGGGGGAGGGGAGGGAGGGGGGGGAGGGGGGGGGGGGAACCUGGAGAGUCAUGGGUAUUUUUGUAGUUGAAGGGUCAGCUGGUCAGCUGCACAUCACUGAAGAAAUUGAAGGUGUCUUCAUGUUUGAUAUCAGGGACCUUAAGCAGUCAAGACGCCAACGUCGAGGAAGUCGUCGAUUGAAAAAUGAGUUCCUAUUCUAAGUAAGAAUUUCGACAAUGGCUGCAUGCCUUUACCUUCUCCUCCCCCACGCACAAAUAUGCCUUAACUUCAGCCUAACGUAUGUAAGCAGCUUUCAGUUCCAAAUGGAAAUUAAAAUAAUUUGCCAUUGCGGUUUCCAUUCGCAGACGACGCAAAUUCUGGUGAUUUCACGUUUUGUUUUGCAGAGGACGGCUGAGAAAUGUACAAAGUUUUGAAACGAACGUGUCGGUAUUGUUCUAACCAUUAGAUCUUACGCUUUGCCACGUCCUUUUUGCCGUAGCCGUCGCAGUUUGUCUAAGUUCUCCAUUAUGUCUUUAAUUUGUAUUUUUUUAAUGUUUUGUCAAGAUAUCAUCCAAUCCUAACGCUGGACGCAAAACAUUUUUUAUCAACUGUGGAAUUCAUGCUCGCGAGUGGAUCACUCCUGCGACUUGUAUGUUCAUGAUAAAUCAGGUGUGUUUGAGUUUUUUGUUAACAUAAAGCAAACAUGUCAAUUCUAAUGGGCAAACCUAUUAACUUGCGUGCUCAGUUGUAUUUCGUAGUAACUUCGCAUAAACUUUGGUCAAAAGUCUGGGGCGACAUAAUUUCAAGUUGGGGGCGACGCAACCAUACAUCAGGUCGAUGGAACUUGGGUGGAUCAUGCAAGGGGCGACUUCAUCUAUUUCCCUUAAGCAGUGAUGCGAGCUUUCUUAUAGUGCUUGCAUUUGAAAACGGCUCGAAAGGGUUUCUGAGAGCUGACUGACAUGUCAAAAGAAAUCAACACUAUUAAAUCUAUAUAAAGCAACAUCAUUCAGCUUUUGAAAACAAUUCAGGCCGGGUUCUUUUGAAUUCAUUUACAGCCGUCAUCACAUGUCGUGCUACGCAAUUGUGUACUGCACACGGUAUAUAGACGCUUGGAUCCCGUCUCCUUCGGACAUGAAAACUCUUUAAGGGCUUCUUGGGGCACAUUAUUGUUAUAACUGGUAGCUCUUUUAAAUUUACGAACAGAUGCUGAAGAAAUAUGGCAAAGACGCGUCCGUCACUAACAUGGUGGAUAGGCUGGAUUGGGUGAUCAUGCCAGUAUUUAAUGUGGAUGGAUAUGAAUUCACUCACACCGGGGUAAGUGCAACAAAACUCCAAAGGAACGUUUUAAGAGAAGUACAAGCCAUGCGGCUCCUAAAUUAUCUUGAACUAAGAGGCCUUUUGUCUCUCUAAUAAUGCCCUAUCAUAAAAUAUUUUCAGUUAAGCGACGAGAAUUCGUUUAAACAGCAGUUAAAAAGCAUGAGCACUUGGUUUCAUAAUAUUUCUUCCAUGAAAGUUUCCAAUGAGCCUCGACUUCAUGUACUCAUCCCAGUUUCCUGGCUCGCGUUCAAACAUGUUAACGAAGGGUCACGCUAUGUGAUUUGAAGUCAUUCGGGCAAAGUCGUAAAAGUGAUCGGAGAAUUGGAAAACCUUAAACUGAUAACUAACUAUUAAACUUCUAUAGAAUCGAAUGUGGAGAAAGACUAUGUCUCGAAAUAGUGGGUCUAGUUGCCUAGGCACAGACCCCAACCGUAACUGGAACUUCGGAUGGGCAGGUAAUGUUAAUGAUAAUCACUAUCAAUUUUAAAAAAAGAUGGAGUUCUACCUUAACAAGAGGUCAGUACUAAAGAACGUAUAUUGAGAUCGCAAACUUUAAGCUCCAAUGUAAGAUCUGUGUUCGCAUCACAGAAAUUGUGUUUUCUGCUGCAAGAAAUGGAUACUUUCGAACACACCUCGAACUUCCCAUGUCAAUGGAUGUAAAGCAAUAAGGGACUGGUCAUAAUCUAUAAUCUCUUGUGGAGGAAUGGAGGAUUUUGUCUUUUGUCACGAUAUUAUUUGCCUGAUUCUCCAUAAGGCUCUAAAUUACUCUUAUGACGCCCUCCAAACUCCCCCCCCUCCCCUCGCCUCCAUCAUGGGCGAUUAAUUUGCCAUCAACUCUCCCUUUGUAAAUUCUCCCUUUAUACGUUAUUAGCGACGGCUGAUCCCCCUUCCGUUACCCCUGGAAACCAUGUGAUCCCCAAAAAUCCUCUGCCCUCUCCCCUCAGUGAUAAAAAAAAUGACUGGUACCUAAGACCAAUCAAAAUUCCCGUCAGGACUCGAACACUCGUCUACUUACGUUUUUUGCACAUAACUCGUUUUUCACUUUCUCAGGAGUUGGUACUAGUAGCAACCCAUGCAGGGACACCUACCACGGACCACGACCUUUCUCUGAGAUCGAAGUCAGGAAUGUGGCUCGAUAUCUUUACAAAAAUCGAAGAAACCUGAUUGGUUACAUGGACAUUCAUGCUUACAGUCAACUCUGGAUGACCCCCUGGGGUUACAAAAGAGCCUACCCAAAAGACUACACGGAGCUGGUGAGAGACCAGUCAAUAUUGACUGCCUAGGGGGGAAAGGUCUGAACGUUUUUGUGGAAAAUAUCACAAUGAGGGGAACAGGAAUACUACAGGACCAACAGUAAAUGUAAUCGAGAGAAAAAAAAAUCCUCUGCCCCUGCUAGGCGAUGCAUAACAAACGGUCGAUAAUUUUCCAAAGAAAGGGCUCAGAGUCCGCCUUUAUUGGCUGGAAAGACGAUAAACAUUGAAGAAUGUGAUAGGGAAAUAAUUUGCAUUAUCUUCAUUCUUUGACCCCUAGGAGUGAUAAGCAUCUAGUUUUUCUCUAACAGAACCCCCCCCUGAAGUACAGAUUAUAGUCCCAUCCUAAGUUCAUCAUGCGUGGAGUCAAAGGGUUAAUGUUCUGCUCGCAAAAAUUAUUCCACUGAAAGGAGAGGGAGGGUGGGGCGAGUCGUAGCUAAGACGAUAGUUUGAUGUCUUGAGGUUAAGUUCAUAGUUACAAACUAGAGCAGCUGUUGCAUAAAUCUUAUUAGCAAUCAUGGCUAUAAGCAUUCUGUUGUUAUGGUUUUUUAUAAUUUGCUUGCUUUUUUUUUCACUCAGAAACGUGUCUCUGACAUUGCAGUCAACGCACUUUAUAACGCUGGAUACCGGACGCAAUAUAGAGUUGGUCCCUCGUCUAUUAUUAUUUGUGAGUUGCAAAACUAUGAUAAGAAAGUCAUGUUGCAUUCUAUUGCUAUAGAGGUUUUCUAAAAGUCAUGUGUGAGUUGAUUGUCACAUUAAAGCUUAGAAUCUUAGACACUAGUAGCCCAUUUGGUUGUGAAACAAAACAUUGGUGCAAAACAGUCGUUUCUUUUAUGAUCAUUCGAACUUGCCCGCCUCCAAACGAAACCCUAAGUCGAGCAUGAAAUAGAGGAUAAAACAGAGAAAACUUUGGAGGCUCAUAGCGGCGGAAUAUGAUCAGAAUCUUUUUCAAAUGAAAAUUUGUGGGAAAAUUUAAACGGUUACCUCCUUAUUUUGUUCAUGUCAUUUUCUGAUUGGUUUCUCGUUCGUUUGAUUGAUUGAUUGGUUGUUUAAUCGACGGUUUGAUUGAUUGAUUGAUUGAUUGAUGUACAGGCUAACUGUUUGGUUGGCUUAGAAUUUGAUUGACUAGCUAUCUGUUAUGUAUUGACUGUUAAACAAUUCGUAAAGUUAGAUCAUUGAGUUGAAUUUAAUAAUAUAAAUUUCAUUAUGUCUUUUUCAGACGCAAAUUCAGGAUCUACAAAGGACUGGGCAUAUGGGGUCCUUGGCGUGAGGUACUCAUUUGCCCUGGAACUGAGAGAUAAGGGACAAUAUGGCUUUUUAUUGCCAGCCAAUCAGAUAAUACCAACUGGUCUGGAGACGUUCGCUGCCAUCAAGGCAAUGGGUGCAGCACUUAAAAUCUGAUGAAGAAGUGUCUGUCAGUUGCGUUAUAAUUACCAUUGAAAAAUGUCCCGGGAAAAAAAUUUCCAGAGAAUAUUGAUUAAAGGGGGUAUUUGAUUUUAAAGUGUGAGAGUUUAAUCACUGCUAUAUCAAUCACAGUCCGAAAAGACCUCUAUUUGUAAUAAAGUUGCGAACAAUAUAACCGUUCUAAAAAUCUGCCCAGUCGUCAGCAUCGUAAUGAUGCCAGUGAUAAAGUGUUUGAGUUAUCAUUCGGCAAUAGAGGGUGGACUCCACAAUUGCUGUUUUGUAAUAGACUAAAUCAAAGUUUAAUUCUUGGCGAUAAGGAUUUUCAUCUUUGUAGAGAGUCAGAGAAGGGGGGGUAUGGUGCCUUUAAACACUUCCUUAUUUCAGUUUUAUUUGGGUAGGGUAUGCCCACCACACACAAAGUACCAAACUGAAACCUGCAACACCAUGUACAAACUCAGUAACACCUUAAAAUGCCAUUGAUAAAAGUGAAUCGUUGUCAUAAAUUUAUGAGCCGUACAUGAUGACAAAAUAUACCACUUUAUAUUGCGAUCAUCUAUUCCUUUAAGCGAAAAUAUUAGAGCACUUUCAAAUCGAGUAUCGAAGGUGAUUCGAAUUUGAAUUAGGUUCUCUGUCUCGCUCUGUGAUUGGUCUAAAUAAAUCAUGUUACCUUAGCUUGUUUUUUCAUAGUGUUCUUACAGGCUUGUCUCGAAAUUUUCUUUGCUU